AUGUCUGGAAGCCUGUUCCGCUGUAUCCCAGACACUUGUGGGUAGUGAAUGUGUGUGUGCAUGGGUGGACUGGAGAGACAGGACACAACCAUGGUGCUCAUUAACACUGGUCUCUCUCUGCUGUUUUUAUUGGGUCUGUCUGCUACAGGAUGCUGGGGGAGAAACCAGGAAGAACGGCUCAUUAAUCACUUGUUUAAGGAGCGUGCCUACAGCAAGGAUCUUCGGCCAGUUGAAAAAAAAGAGGACACCGUGAUGGUCACUUUGGCCCUCACUCUCUCCAAUCUGAUUUCACUGAAAGAAGUGGAUGAAACACUGCUCAGCAAUGUAUGGAUGGAACAUGGCUGGUAUGACUCCAGGCUUUCUUGGAACAGCACUGAAUUUGAUGGCAUUGGUGUCUUGCAUCUUCCAUCACAAAUGGUGUGGCUGCCAGAGAUUGUUCUGGAAAACAACAAUGAUGCCCAGUUUCAGGUGGCCUAUUACAGCAAUGUGCUGGUGUACCCUAGUGGGUAUGUCUACUGGCUGCCCCCAGCCAUAUUCCGGAGUUCCUGUGCCAUCAACGUCAACUACUUCCCCUUUGACUGGCAGAACUGUACCCUCAAAUUCAGCUCCCUGACCUACAAUGCCAAAGAGAUCAGCAUGAAUCUGAAAGAAGAGACAGAGGCAAACAAGACCUACAAGGUGGAGUGGAUCAUCAUCGAUCCUGAAGGCUUCACAGAAAAUGGGGAGUGGGAGAUCAUUCACAAGCCAGCCCGGAAAAACAUAUACAAGCACAUCCCAAUGGACAGCAACAAGCAUCAGGACAUCACCUUCUACCUCAUCAUCAAGCGCAAGCCCCUCUUCUAUGUCGUCAACAUCAUUAUACCCUGUGUGCUCAUCUCCUUUAUGGCCUCCCUUGUGUAUUACCUCCCAGCCGACAGUGGGGAAAAGAUGACCCUCUCCAUCUCUGUACUUCUGGCUCAGUCUGUCUUCCUGCUGCUGAUUUCACAGCGUCUGCCUGAAACCUCCAUGGCCAUUCCUCUCAUUGUCAAGUACCUCAUGUUCAUUAUGGUUCUGGUCACAAUUGUGGUCCUGAACUGCGUCAUUGUGCUCAAUCUCCAUUUCCGAACGCCCAGCACCCACCUGAUGUCAGAAUGGACUAAAGAGUUCUUUCUGGAGAGGCUGCCCCGCAUCCUGCACAUGUCUCGCCCAAUGGAAAGUGAGCCCACGUGGGAGGGGAUGGCCCUCCCCCGUCGCUCUAGCUCCCUGGGGUACAUCGCCAAGGCAGAGGAGUACUACACCAUCAAGGCCCGUAGCGAGCUGAUGUUUGAGAAGCAGUCUGAGAGGCAUGGGCUUGCCACCCGGACCACACCCGCUGCAGUGAACACGACCAGUAAUGAUGGAGAGGCCACUGAGCAGCUGUAUGCGGAAAUGAAGCCUGCUGUGGAAGGGGCUAAUUACAUUGUGAAACACAUGCGUGACAAAAAUGACUAUAGCGAGGAAAAGGACAACUGGAGUGGCAUCGCCAGGACAGUUGACCGCCUCUGCCUCUUCCUAAUAACGCCAGUUAUGACAGUGGGCACCAUUGUCAUAUUCCUAAUGGGCAUAUAUAAUCAUCCACCCCUGCUGCCCUUCGAAGGAGAUCCCUAUAACUAUGUGGAGGAGAAUAAACGCUUCAUUAACUGAUCUCGCUGGAAGCAAGGAGGUGGUGUGUUAUGUGUGAAAAUAGAUCUUUUUUGAAAUGUAAUAUCUUGUUUGUUUGAGUUUCAAAGCCAUGGCUCCUGAGGUCCUAGCCAUCCUGGAACAGCUCAGUGUGUUAUGUGGCCAGACUACACAUUACUACUCUACAUUGUACUCUUAAGUUAAAUAUACCUAAGUAUUAAUAAAUAUUAAACCGACCAGCAUUUAGUGGA